CGUUAUAGUACAUUUUUCCCUGUGUAUGUUGACGCUAUGAUACAGUUUGUCCCUGUAUAUUGACGCUAUUUUGUCUUGUCUGUUGACGGUUUGGUAUAUUUUGUAAGUUGUUGCACGUUAUGUUAUUUUGUUGUAUAAUUCAACUUCAAAAAGUGGUCAGUGCUUUUUCAGAAAGAUAUUUUUAGUAUAAAAUCAUAUUUCCUCCCCCACCCUGAAAGUUCUAUCGCCUCCUUUAACAAUAUUAUGGACUACAUGUUAACUCCGGUCCCUGGUUCAACAAAUAGAUGACGCACGCUUAAGGAAGCAUUUUCACUGAUUUUAUAUUUAAAUUAUAUUCAAAAUCAAUUCAAAUAGCUGUUAUCACUUGAUCUGAAAGCUAUGACUCAAACAAAGUCAUCAUCCAUCAAAGAAUUAGAAUUAACACCUUCCACAAUUCAAUUACCUCACUAAACAUUCAUUUUCUAUAAGGAAAAAGAAAAAAAAUCAUCAAAGGAUUUUUAUGACAGAAAAUAUAAGUCUAAAAGUGUAUAUAUUCUUCCUCUUCACACAAGAUAAAUAUUUCGAUAUUUCGUGUUUGCCAUUGAGUGUUAUCUAAUUGGUAAAGCGAUAUAUCCAAAUAUUUCCGGAUAUUUACAAAGCAUUUACCAACGCCUCUUCUAACUUCAUUAUUUCAGCUUUACUAUUUGCUUAUGAUUUAAACGACACUUAAAGCCGUGCUCUUGAAUAGUUAAUCACGGUUUAAUCUUCUGAAAUCAAUUUCUUUAAGGGCGCUGUGAGCUACCAUUUUGACCGCUGGAGAGUUUUUCCGGAUAGUGAAAACCUGAUACCUAGUUAUCACUGUUCAAUUAGUUUGCACUUCGGAUACCAAACACGAAGAUGAUGAUGCAGAAUCUCUCUAGCGCCACCUACCCGCCUCCCCCACCGACGGGUUUUGGAUUCGGUGGACCACUUACCCCUCACUUUCCCGGCGGACACUUAUUUCACGGUCAUCUUCCAUCAUCAUUUAAUGCCGGAUUCCCUUCCUCUGUACAAGCAUUCACACUGGCGGAGAAACUAGCCGCGGAUAUACUCUUGGAGGCAAGAUAUGGCCAACACCGGAAGCAGAGACGAAGCAGGACCGCAUUUACAAACCAGCAGCUGGCCGCAUUGGAGAAAACAUUCUCAAAAACGCACUACCCGGAUGUAGUUAUGAGAGAACGCUUGGCUAUGAUGACUAGUCUACCGGAAGCUAGAAUACAGGUCUGGUUUAAAAACCGAAGAGCCAAAUUCCGAAAGAAGCAGAAGGCGACGAAGGCGAAACCAUCGGCGGAAACUAAGAUUGGGGCGAAGUCAAAUACAACCGGAAGUAAGGAUGGGACAGCAAGCCUUGAAAAACAAGAGGAGACAAACAUUACUGAAAAUGAGUCUGGGACUUCUGUACACAAACCCCAAACAGAGUCCGACGAUUCCUCUGAGGGAAUUGAUGGCCCGAGCGACACCAGGAAUGACGAAGACUGUGAGAGAUGCGAUAGUCCACCAGAAUACCUACCAGACAAAAUAGAUAUUCCAUACCGCCGUCCUCCAACAGAACAUCCCACUAGUAAUAUCUUACCAAACAUCAGCGUAUUUCACUGGCAAAACCAACAGCUCUCUGGAGCGGUUCUUCACAAGCAUGCGCAAAUGCAACUUCAACAACAAACUGCGAACAUGCUUAAUAUGACGUCACGUUACCCUGGAUUCAAUCCUGGCUAUCCCAUCAAUCAUCCUGCAUUGUUACCCCCUCCGUCAAUGCGGUACGAUCGUGGUUUGAUGCCGUUCGCUGUAAAAGACAAUGCUUUGAAUACAAGCUUAGAUAGUCUCCGGUUCAGAGCCAAGAACUACUCUCAUCCUAUAGGGUAUAUAGAAAACCUAUGAAAAGUUAAUAAAUAGAUUGAUUCUGAUUGUACAAGUAUCUCAUUUAAGCAUUGAUGUCAUUUUUUUUUUAGUUUCACUGGGGUAUGAUUUUUUUUUCUUUUUCCCAAACUGUAUGAAUCCUCAUAGCGGAUUCUUACAAAAGUUUGCAAAGAAUUUUUUUCAUACCCCUAUGAAACUUAAAAAUAAUUGACAUCAACACUUAUUUAAUUGAUUUUCAAAAUGAAAUUAUGUUUUAUGUACAUUUGAACUGAUCUUAUAAGGGAUUUUUUUCACAAACCAAUACGCAAUGUCAAUGGCCGUAUGGUGACGUCACAUAUUCGGAUUUUUUUUUCAUAAAGGCAUGAAAAAAAAAACCUCAACCAAUCAAAAAGCCACAUUCUGCGUACACAAACAGGACAAUUAAUUAUACAUAUUUAUCAAAGUUUUGGUAAUGUUAUAAGAUUAAAUAUAUGUGCAUUCAAAUGCAAAUAGAUCUAUUGUUAUUUAUAUGUUUGAGCGAAAGUGAUACAUGUAUGACGCGUUGGCAAUCUUAGGACAAAUUGAGCAUGUGCAAGAUAAUGCAAUACAAUUAACAAUAGUAUUACAAUUGUAAUAUGUCUGUUUCAGUAACAUUGUUGACACAAUAAAGCUUUUCCGGAAGAA